CCACCGAUUCGAAACCCCGAGCCGCGCAUCCACAAAAUGUUCCGCGACUUUUGGCUAUACUGUGUAAUAAUGGGAUUUACUGCUUCCGACUCAGGGCUCUGGCCUGCCGAAUGGUAUGAAGGAGUGAAGGAAAUCGCGGCGAAAUCUCCAGCUUUGGUCUCUCCCACGUCCAGUCGGUCGGAAAUGCGAGAGUUGCAGUACACGAGCGCAGUGAAGAACGAUAGUGUGUCCAUUACUGAACUUCAGGAGCUGAAGAACCAAAUCCUGGACCGACUUCGGCAUCCUGCCGACGUCACUGCAAUUGUUAACAACAAAUUGACCUUUGCACAGUGCACUUUCCUGUUGAGUGUCUACUGGGUGGAGAUAUUAAGAGUGCAACAUUCGGGUGAACCCAGCCUGGUACCGAUAAUAUCGGACUACCUCAGCGAUUCAGCGCUUCAAAAAGACAAAGCCGGAUUGUGGAACUGUGUAGCGGCCGUGAGCGACCGAGUAUUUGAGAAGUUUCUGGAAGUGAUGAGCAACAAGCCAAAGAAUGAGGCGCGUGAAGCCGACCUGGAGCAGCACGCUCAAUUCCUUUUGGUGAACUUUAACCAUACGCAUAAACAAAUUAGGAGAGUUUCCGAUAAGUUCUUGGUGGCUUUGGUGGACAAGUUUCCUCACUUGCUGUGGAGCAGACGGGUUUUGUGGACGAUGCUUGAUAUUCUCCAAGUGCUGUCUUACUCCUUAGAGGUGGAUCCGAACCAGGAGACGCCCACACUGAAAAUUCCUCAAACGCCUUACUCGAUCCAGUUGAUGGACACACUUGAAGCGAGAGAGUCCAUAAUUAGAGAUUUCGCCGACAAUUCGGAACGGAUUAUCAAGGAAGCAAUGCGUUGGGCCCCGCAAUGGACUCGCUCGUACAUUCAAGAGUACAUAAAUCAAAUCCCUACCUCAGAUAUGUGGCAUCAUGCGGGUUUGGCCAUGGCACUGGACUCCAUUCUGCAUAAUGGGCCUUUGAACGCUUACAGCUCCCACUUGAGCGCCAGCACGUUGGAAAAGCGGCCGCAGUGUGUUAAAACUGACUCCAGCAAGAUUAUUUCCACGUCUGCGAUGCGAUCUAAGUACAUGGGAGAGGUAAAUGGGAUGUUGAAAAUCUUCGGAAACGACCGCAAAGAAGAGUUAAUCAACACUGUAUUGGGUAGAGUAUGGAGUGCCUGUAAGCAACAGUCUGACUCCAUGCAUAGAGAAGCUAUUUGGCAAGCUACCGCCUUACUGAUUCAAAGCUCCGAGUUCAACAGUAACUUGUUGCAUGCCAUCACAUGGUCCCAGGUUGAAUUAUUCAGCGUGGAAGCUAUGCGAACGGCGGUAGAAUGUUGGAAGUGGCUAACCACUUCCCAGCCGGAGCUGGAGAUGCGAUUUCUGCAAGAAAUGGUUGCUGCUUGGAAGUGCACUGUUCACAAGAAGUUGGGCUUGUUUUCCGUGACCCAUCAGCAAACCAGUCCCUUGGCGGUUCACGAAGGGUGUCUUUUGGAACCAGACAAUCCAUUUGUAAAGCCGCACGUUAUUUGGGUGCAGUUCAUUUAUGAGCUGGUGGAAACGAUCAAGUCCAGCAGCUAUGAGAAGGUGGAAAUGAUCGUCAGUUUGAUACAUCAUUCUUUGCCCAUGUCGGUAGGAUCUGAGCCUGCGAUUCUCAAUAGACAUACUUCUGCUAUAGGAGUGAGGUUUAAGCUGAUGACAUGCGGUUUAUCGCUCUUACAAGGCGACAUACUGCCGAAAAGCUUGGCCAAGAACGUUCUGCGAGAGCGAAUUUACUGUUGUUGUCUGGACUACUUUUGCAAACCGGUCAAGUGCCCCACACAAAAUGCGAUCGAUUUACGAGAGGACGUCACGACUUUAAUCAAGUUUUGGCAGGCGCUGCACUCCGAUCGGAAAUACCUGAAGGACAGUGAUGUAGGAGGUAAGAGAGUCUGGUUUAUAGAGCAGAUAUCAAUAAAACACGCAGAAUUCGAUAAAUAACAGUUUAAAGACACG